AUGACCUUCAAAGAGAUCAUGCUGCCUUUGAAGCUACCCCAGCCCCUGGCCAUUGAGGAGGUCGCCCCCCGCCCUGUCGGGCCUCACGAGGUCAGAGUUGAUGUCCAUUUCUGUGGAGUUAACUUUGCUGAUAUUUUGGUUUGCCGUGGUCAGUAUCAGGAAAGGCCCCAUCUUCCUUUCACACCUGGAAUGGAGUUUUCUGGGACAGUAUUGGAGACAGGCACAGAUGUCAGCACAGUUAAAGAGGGAGAUCGAGUUAUUGGCGUGAGUGGCUUUAACAGUAUGGCUGAAGAAUGUAUCACUGACCAGAAGGCACUGUGGCGGAUUCCAGACAGGGUGCCGCUCCGGGAAGCUGCUGUCCUGCCCGUGUCUUAUGGUACUGCUAUUAUGGCCCUGGAGCAUCGGGCAUGUACCCAGCCUGGAGAAACUGUUCUAGUGACGGCAGCAGCUGGAGCCACAGGCCUUGCAGUGAUAGACGUGGCAACAAAUGUUCUCCAGGCCAAGGUAAUAGCUGCCGCCGGAAGUGACGAGAAGUGCCAGCUGGCCAUGCAGAGGGGCGCACAGUCCAGCGUGAACUACAGUCAGGGCAGCCUGAAGGAGGCAGUGAGGAAGCUGGUGGGCAGUGGCGGGGUGAACGUGGUCAUCGACACCGUGGGGGGAGACAUCUUCCUGGACGCUCUCCGCAGUCUGGCAUGGGAGGGCAGGAUCGUGGUGGUGGGUUUUGCUGGAGGAACCAUUGCUUCCGUGCCGGCCAAUCUCCUGCUCCUGAAGAAUAUCUCUGCCAUGGGCGUGUACUGGGGCCGAUACCAAGACCGGAACUUCCCCGUCUUCUCCAGGAGCCUGUCCUCGGCUCUCCAGUACUGCCAGGAAGGGCGCAUCCAGCCAUACGUAGGAGCGGUUUUUAAGCUGGAGGAGUUACAGAUGAAGAAACCAAGACUUGUGGAGGCUAAGACACCUGACUAAUAAUGUGUAGUAAGUGACAGACCUGGAAUCCAGUCCACAUUGGUCUGACACCAGAAUCUGAGAUAGAUUGCUGCUUUUCCUCCUCCCCAUGGACUGUUCCGACAUGCAGUGGGUUUCAUAUGGCCUCUGGAGAGGUCCCACGUGAACAGCAACCAGGGUGUGUCCCCCUGAAGCAAUGACCGCUUCAGAAUCAGUGACACACACCGUGUAGUUCCUCUCCUCUUUCCACUAUUCACUGCGAUUCUCC